UCGAAAUAUUUUAUCAUUUGCAAAAUCAAUUGGCGUUUCGGUUCAUUGGUGUUAGGAAAUUUUAAUUUCUUCUUUCUUUUCCCUUCCUGCUAUGUUUUAUUUUGUGUUUUUCCUUUCCGUCCUGUCGGCUGUUGAAGUGUGGACCGACUGCGGGUGCAGGACGAGCCGAAAAGCCGGCUCUUCGACCCAGGAGAAGACAUGCAAUUCGACAAGUUUCCUCCAAACGGUGUUGAAGAAGGUGACCGAGAGGAUGGAGAGGCUGGAAGGAGGACGUUUCUCCAUGGGCACCGACGACCCCGUCCUGCCUGGGGACGGCGAAGCACCGGAGCGACAGGUGUUCGUAUCGGCUUUCUCGAUGGACAAGCACGAAGUCAGCAACGAGGACUUCGCAGCAUUCGUCGCAGCAACUGGGUACAAAACCGAGGCCGAGUCUUUCGGGGAUUCUUUUGUGUUCGAUGCCCUCGUCAGUAGUAAGACGAAGGAGACGAUAUCCCAGGCGGUGGCUGCAGCACCUUGGUGGCUACCUGUGAAAGGAGCUGACUGGAGACAUCCUGAAGGGCCAGACUCAAACCUCGAAGGCAGAGAGUUGCAUCCAGUAGUCCAUGUUUCAUGGAACGACGCAGUCGCAUACUGCAAAUGGGCAGGAAAGCGCCUCCCUACCGAAGCCGAAUGGGAAUAUGCUUGCAGAGGAGGGCUCAAACGUAAAUUAUAUCCUUGGGGCAAUAAAUUGAACCCCAAAAACAAACACUGGAUGAACGUUUGGCAAGGCGAUUUUCCAAUAAAUAAUACAAAGGAAGACGGAUAUCUAUCGACGGCGCCGAUCGACUCUUUCCCCCCCAAUAAAUUUGGCCUGUACAACAUGGUCGGCAAUGUUUGGGAGUGGACGCAGGACUGGUGGAGCAUCAAUCAUUCUCCUUCUCCUAUCGCAAAUCCUAAAGGACCCCAUUCAGGAAAGGACAAAGUGAAAAAGGGCGGCUCGUUUCUUUGCCAUGCGAGCUACUGCUUCCGUUACAGAUGUGCCGCAAGAGGAUUCAACACACCGGACAGCUCAGCGAGCAAUUUAGGCUUUAGAUGCGCCCAUUAAGCACCAAAUAAAGCCUCUUCUAUUAAUCUCAAGGGCAGGAAAUCGUACUUAUUUGUAAACUUGCAUUUUAAGUCAUUACUGUUAAGUUUAUAUUGAUAUUAUUGUAACAAAACAUUCCAUUUUAUUACCUAUUUAUAUGAAUUAGUUACCAAUUUAAAUUUUAAUUAAGUCAAAGUAUUUCUUGUUUAUUUAAAGAAUGAUUUUAAGAAAUUUGUAUUCGGAAAUUAGUUGUAAAAAUGUAACGAAGUGCAAUAUUUUGUAAUAUUAAAACAAAAAUCCAUUUAUCGAAUAUCGAAUUUUAAGAUCAUCUACGGUUAAGGGUGUGAUGUGACGACAAAUUACUGUAGUCCUGGGUUCCUAAUGCACUACUUGGGGGUUUAUAUGACCUCUGGUGUUGCAAGCCUCUGUAAAAAUGAAAAUAUCGAGAUCUUAUUUUUUUAAUUUGCUCUAAUACAUAAUAAAUAUUUAACAAAAUAAAUAAAUAAAAUUUGUAAAAAAUUAUACAAGGUUAACACUCGUGAAAAUUAAUAGACUGAAAUGUUGCAAUUACUUUUUGCGGAACAAAGGGUCAAUAGUCUUCCAAUUUUUAUAACGCGGUUUAGUAUGACUAGGACUUUUUAAAUAUUACUACUUUCUAUUUGUACUCAAUAAGCGAUAGUACUUAAAUAGUUGGGUUUUUCUGUGAUAAUUGUGAACUAUGUAAUUUGUAAAGUGAUUAGAUUUCUGUUCAUUGUGUAUUUUGUUUUAUCGACAAGUAAUGUAAAUAAAAAUCCAUUCCUUGACUUAAAAA